UAACCAGUGGUUGUCAUGGUGAUUAUCAUUGUGCACAGGUACUACCGGGGGACACACGGUGUUAUCGUAGUCUAUGAUGUCACCAGUGGCGAUAGCUUUGUCAAUGUCAAGCGAUGGCUUAGCGAGAUUGAGCAGAACUGUGACGUGGUCAACAGAGUCCUAGUUGGUAACAAGAAUGAUUGUCCUGCGGAAAAGAAAGUUGUUGAGAAAGAUGAUGCACAGCGGUUUGCUGACCAAAUGGGAAUCAGACUUUGGGAGACUAGUGCAAAGGAGAAUGCAAACGUGGAGGACGUGUUCCGAGAACUCACCAAGAUGGUGCUGAAAACCAAGAGGGAUUCCAAUGCAGCGACAGGGGGUGGUGGCAGUGGUACUAUCAAGGUACAGAGGUCGUCCGAGAGCAAGUCAAAGUGCUCAUGUUAGUCGACGCGUCACAGCAUGGGCGCGUGUUGGAUAUAGCUAUACCGUUGUUGUUGUUGUUUUGUACAGCGUGUGUGUGUGAGUGAGGCAUAUUUGUGUUGAUAGAAAUUUGUGCUGUUGCUGAACUCUGCCGCUUCUACCGACCCUUCUCUUGUUUGCUAAGUCCCACCGCAGUACACGUGUGUACACCUGCACAUUUGGUAGCGGCACGUGAUAUAGCACAUCCCCGUUUCAAUCCCCCCAUUGCCCGUUUACAAUGCGGUGAACACUGCGCGAUCGAAUGUGUCAGUGGCGGAGUGCGGGUGCAGCACACACAGGGCCGUCUUGGCGCAUGCGUUGCGUAGUUGUUGUGCCGCUACCGAAGUUGAUGAUUUGUGACGCGACGGGCAUGGAUGUUAUUCUGAACUACAGUAGUACUCGAUGAUGACAAAACGCAGUGCAGGAAUACUUCUUACGAUCAAUAUUGAACUCUUGUUUUGCAUGUGCACACACACAAACACACACACACGCACUGCACUAUGGACGCCUGAAAAAAACAAUGAUUACUUACGUUAGUGUUGCAUCGAGUACUAGACGAAUCAACCGUGCAUGCGUUAUUGGACAUAUUUACAUUGAUCAUCCCCGACAAUGGCUAUUCCACAGUAAAUUGUACUUGCACAUAUGCGCGUGGCUUUUUUUAACUUUUCAAAUGACGUGCGUGUCUGUGUGAGCCUUAGAAACGCGUCUGUGCGAGUGUGUGUUUGUAGAGUGCGAAACAACAAGACAGCAUCUCACAGUAUUCAAUAUUAUGCUUUUCCCGCCAACAUUCCCACUCGCACUCAGCGCAACCCUGCGUGUUUUCUUGGUUUGCGGCAUUUCUUUCCAUGCACACGUUGACUACCACAGCAGCCAGCAACUGUGCACUAUAACCUAGGCGAGUGUGUCGCUGCAUGGUCGGUUGCAGCUGUGCUUGUUACCGUGGUUAUCGUCCACCCAAUCAGAACUAUUCUAGCUAUGUACAUCAGCUCAGUGUUGUGUGCAAUAUAUCAUGCGGCAUCUUUGCUUACUUUCAGACGGAGUUUCAUUUUUCAUUUUUGAAUCCAGUA